AUGUGGUACAUCACGCGCAUCCUGUCGGCGCUCCUGUUUUUGUUCAGCGUCGUUUUCACCAUCCCGCUGGCCUUUGAUGUCGGUGGCCGAACCUGCGGCCUCGCCUUUUCCCUCUCGCUGAGCGCCUUCUACUUCUUCUACUCUGCGCUACGACUUGCUACGCCCGAUAGCUCCAGACUCCGCUAUGCCCUCGUCAACAUCAUCGCUGCCUCGCAGUGGAUCGUCAUUCCGACCCUAAUGAUCUGGAGUCUCAACAAGUUUUCGAUCGACUCGGACGCGAGCGCAUGGGUGGAAAAGACAUUCAGUGGAAAGAGAGCGCAGCACGAUACAUUCUAUGCAUGGGUCUUUGGUAGUGACGGCCUGGUGCAGUCUCUCACCAUCGGCGGCUGGGACAAACUACUGCGCUGGUCGACGCCCGUCUUCCAGUUGAGCGAAGGCUUCUGCAGUCUGCUCGUCAUUCAGGCUGCAGGUCAAAUCACAAGAUAUCUGGUGAACCGUGAAGGAGGUGAUGGUUGGAUGAUUGGACUGCUGAUCACUUCUGCCUCGAUUAUAUCAAGCUCGGUCUACUUCCUUUGGAGAAUCACCACUUUCCCGGAGCUCGGUAAUGUCGAUGCUAUCCUGAUCGGCGUUGCUAUCACCUGUGCCUUCUUCCUGUGUGUUUGGGGAAUCGGCAGCGGUAAGGGUAAUCCUGUCGAAAGCUCGCUGCUUUUUGCCUAUAUCACUCUGUGCAUCUACCAGAUCUUUACCGACUACCAACCCUCGAAUCCGUCACAGCCCGUUGCAGUUCCUGCCGAGCCGGAUUUCCCUCCAUUGCCUCCGAUCAUCAUGGCAUCCUACUCAACUUUGAUGCACGCCCUUUCUACUCUGCCGUCUACCAUUCACACGUCUUUCAAUUUUCUGUUCGCAGCCAUCAUGACAAUCACCCCCUCCGUCAUCAUCUCGCUGGCUUACCGCCUCUUCGUUAUGUACGCCUCUGCCCGUAUCAUCCCGGCUGUGCGCGAAUCUGGAGCUCGUGCGCUUUCACAAGAGCCAUCUCUGGAAGACAGCGAUGGCGUCGGUCAGGUCCUCGGAUUCCUCAGCUAUUUCAGCCCAAGUAUCCUGAUUGCUGUAUACACCAGUCUCUUGAUGCAACAUUUUGCUUCGGCUUCUGCCGAUCAUCCUGGAGAAUGGUGGACCAGUCAAGGUGGAGAUGCAGGCAGCAACGUCUGGAGGUGGGCAAACUUAGCUGGUACCAUGGCACUCUACGCAGUCGAGUUAUACCUGGGCAAGGGCCAUGACGACAGUAGCCUCACAAGUCACUGGAAGAUUGACUGA